AUGAGCGUCUCCUCUGCCUACUUCAAUUUGACUACAAUUCCUGACUAUUUUCCAUUUGAAUGUCAAAAUGAAAAUGAUACAUUAUCCGAAGUUUUGAUUUAUAUUGGACUUCUCAUUUUCCUGGGAACCGGUCUGUAUUCCCAUAUUUUCAUACUUGUUUCCGUUUUAUGGACUAAACGAAAAACAUACAAAGACUUUUCAUUUUUCAAACUUUUCGUUAUGGAUUCUAUUGCAAGCAUAAUCAUUCUUACUGAUGAGUUACUAUUCACUCAUAUUUUCCUAUUUGUUCCUCCUCUAUGUCCAAUUUUCAAUCAUUUCUUUUUCGGACCUUCAAUUCUCACAAAAUACGUUUACAUGUCUAUGAAUCAUGCAAGAUUCAUGAAGUCGUUGGCUCAAAUUUUUAUGGUUUUUAAUAGAAUGUCAUGUGUUGUAAUGACACUUCCAGGGAGAUAUGAUUUGCUCCCAAUUGUUUUCUGCUCAACUUGUGACAAAGAUGCUCUCUAUGUUCUCCAAGCCAUUGCAUUUGAUACAUUCACAGUUGGGUGA